GCUUUUCCUUGGUUGAUGAAUUUUAUCAAGACCACCAUCGCUGACGGUUGCCUAACGAAGCAGUUCGAAGCUUCCCAAAGAAUUAAAACUCGAAGAGCAAGGCGAGACGGAACGAGAGGAAGCACGCUGAAGGCGAAUCUGGCAACGCGAAGACAAUACACCAGAAGGCAGAUAACGGAGUUGCUCUUCGAGAGCUGCAUUGACUGUGAACGAAUGUCUGCUGUUCCCCAAGGUGCUUUUGCAGCAAUAAAAGUUCGCGAAAACAUGGACAAGAAAAACGCUGCUUCUACAUCCGCGAUGAAGACUGAAAACAAGGAAGAUACCGAAAAGAAAAGAUUCAUUUCGUAUCCUAAGACUCCUCAAGAAGGCUGGGAGUUGACGCUGCUCAAAUACAACAGCAAGCUAAUGAAUAGCAUUUGGGGCCAAUACAAUCGCUAUUCGGUACAUAACUUCAAGAAGAAUACUGAUGCAGAGAAGGGGGCCCGCGGUGGGGUGGCUGCGGCGAUCUGGAGUGCCAUUUUGGAGAAGCAUCCCCCCGUCGCCAAUGCCGCCGCCACCGCCACCGCGAAAGCCCCCCAAAUAAUGAAGGCCGGAAAUAGUUUUUAAACACGGUGUGACUUCAAAAGUUACUUAAAGAUGCUAUAUAAAAAUUAGUUAUAUUACUCAAAGAUGGGGAUUAUACGUCUAUAAUUUAAAAUGGGAUAAUAAAUAUAUAAAUAUA